UUGGAGCCUGCGGAGAGCUCGCAAGGGCUGCCGGGACUGUGCACGUUUCCGGUGUGAGCUGUGGCGGGACUGGUUUGAAGCCGCGCUGCUCCGGGAAGGCAUGUCUCAGGAGCGCGCGGUCCCGGCUGGCGCGGUUCCCCUGGAGGAAUUAAGUAGCUGGCCUGAGGAGCUAUGCCGCCGUGAACUGCCGACAGUCUUGCCCCGACUCCUCUCUUUGUAUCGACACUCUGACAGUUGGAUUGAGCAUAUUCAAAUUUUGAAAAUUAUCACAGAAAUGUUUUUACCUCAUAUGAAUCAACUGACAUUGGAACAGACUUUCUUUUCACAAGUGUUACCAAAGACUGUGAAAUUGUUUGAUGACAUGAUGGAUGAAUUAAUCAAUGAAGCCAGAGGACUGUCAAGCCAAAAUUUGGAAAUUCAGACCACUCUAAGGAAUAUUUUACAAACAAUGGUGCAGCUCUUAGGCACUCUUACAAGGUGUGUUCAGCAUAUCUGUAGCACACAGGAAUCCAUCAUUCUAGAAAAUAUCCAUAGUCUUCCUUCCUCAGUCCUUCAUAUAAUCAAAAGUACAUUUGUACAUUGUAAGAACAGUGAAUCUGUAUAUUCUGGACGUUUACACCUAGUUUCAGACCUUCUCCAGGCUCUUUUUAAGGAGGCCUAUUCUCUUCAAAAGCAGCUAAUGGAACUUCUGGACAUGGUUUGCAUGGGCCCUUUAGUAGAUGUGAAUGAUGAUAUUUUGAAUAUGGUCAUAGGUGAGUGAAGAAAACUUUAUGCUUAGCAAAUAGUAUAUAUGGAUGACUAUAAGACAUGUGUCAAUUAAAAUUGUUUCUAAUGAUUCACGUCAUCUUCUUACUCAUGGCUAAAAAAUAAUUUAAAUUUUAUCAGAUAAAUUUUUAUUUUU